AUGGCUGCAGCACAGCGCCUCGUGCGGCAGGCCCAGCAGUUGCGCAGUGCACAGCUCCAGGCAUGCGUGAGCGCGUCGCCGAGUACACGCAUGAUUGUAGCGACGGCGUCCGAGCUCUCGCGGGACAUGCAUGAGCGCAUUUUUGCGAUCCUCGAGGCGAAUAUGCGCGGCAUGUACGAGGGAUUGGAUGGAUGGGACGCCUCCUUCAAGCGCAUGGAGCUCCAUCACCCCAAGUCACGAUACCUGUUGGCCCUGCAUGGCGACGAUGUGCACCACCGCCGGUCACGGCGCAUACAUGGCCGUGCGCGCGGUCCCGUUCUCCAGGGCUUCGUGAUGUGGCGCUACGAUACGGACGACACGACGCCUGAUGACCCUUUUUCUGAAGGCAUCGUGGCUCCUGUCGCAUACUGCUACGAGCUGCAGGUAGCAGACGCGUGGCAAGGCCGAGGUAUUGGAGCACACCUGCUCCAGACGCUCGAGCGCCUCGCAUGGCAUGCCCACAUGCGCAAAACCAUGCUCACAGUCUUUUACAUCAACCAGCGUGCAAGAUCCUUUUAUGCAUCUCAUGGGUACGUCACGGACGCCACGUCGCCAUCAAACGACGACGGAGAACGUCAUCACUACGUGAUCCUGUGCAAGCCACAUCCCGACUUAGUCGACAAACGCGUCGAACUACGACAGAGGGCUGAGAAUUCUGACGCGUGA